GAAAGGAGACGAACGUGUGGAUCUCUUUUCACUCCCCACUGCCCACUGUUCAUCUUCUUCUUCCUUCUCCCUCUCUCUCCUACAACAUGUUCAACGAAAUUCCACCUCCUCUCUUCACUCCCCAACCCUCGGAUCUCUCCCUCAGCAACCUUCCUCCACAACCAUGUCUCUUCUGAUCAGAUCCUAUCGCGUCUCUCACACCCCCGAUCGCAAUAUCCUACUGCCCAGAAACUCGAAACCCUCGUGUCACAUCGUUCGAAACCGGGUCAGAUUCGGGUCGAUCUCGGGUUUUAAUCGCAACCCAUUUCUCCGUUUGGUGUAUACUCGCAAACCCAGAAUGGAAUCUGUUUCUUCUUCUUCUCCGGUGAUUGUGAAAAGUUCCUUGAUCGACCCAGACGGCGGAGCUUUGGUGGACUUGGUGGUUCCGGAGUCGGAGCUCGGGUUGAAGAAAUCGGAGGCAGAGGCCAUGCCGAGAGUUAGGCUGACGAAGAUCGAUUUGGAGUGGGUACAUGUGAUCAGCGAAGGUUGGGCAAGUCCCUUGAGAGGGUUCAUGAGGGAAGACCAGUAUCUGCAGAGUCUGCAUUUCAAUUCUCUGAGGAUGAGUGAUGGGUCUGUCGUCAACAUGUCGCUUCCUAUUGUUUUGGCCAUUGAUGACGAGACCAAGGAACGUGUCGGGUCGUCCGAGAAUGUCGCUCUUGUCGGGCCUGAUGGAGAUAUCAUCGGUUCUCUCCGGAGUAUUGAAAUAUACAAGCACAACAAGGAAGAGAGAAUUGCUCGAACUUGGGGAACUACUGCACCAGGAUUGCCUUAUGUAGAGGAAUACAUCACCCGGUCCGGAAACUGGCUGAUUGGUGGAGAUCUUGAAGUGUUUCAACCGGUUAAGUAUAAUGACGGGCUCGAUCAUUACAGACUCUCUCCUAAACAACUUAGGAAAGAAUUUGAUCGGAGGCAGGCAGAUGCGGUUUUCGCUUUCCAGUUAAGGAACCCUGUUCAUAACGGCCAUGCCCUUUUGAUGAAUGAUACUCGUAAAAGGCUUUUGGAAAUGGGUUAUAAGAACCCUAUUCUAUUGCUUCAUCCCUUGGGAGGUUUUACCAAGGCCGACGAUGUGCCUCUGGAUGUUCGGAUGGAACAACAUAGCAAGGUUCUUGAAGAUGGAGUUCUGGACCCAGAGACUACCAUUGUCUCGAUAUUUCCAUCACCGAUGCACUAUGCUGGUCCAACUGAAGUCCAGUGGCACGCAAAGGCGAGGAUAAAUGCCGGUGCUAAUUUCUACAUAGUUGGCCGUGAUCCUGCUGGAAUGGGCCAUCCAACCGAGAAGAGAGAUUUGUAUGAUCCCGAUCAUGGAAAGAAAGUUCUAAGCAUGGCCCCCGGGUUGGAGAAGCUCAACAUUCUGCCAUUUAGGGUGGCAGCAUACGAUAUUACUGAGAAGAAGAUGGCUUUUUUCGAUCCCUCUCGGGCCAAAGAUUUUCUUUUCAUUUCUGGCACCAAGAUGCGAACUUACGCAAGAACGGGCGAGAACCCGCCUGACGGAUUUAUGUGUCCGAGCGGGUGGAAAGUCCUGGUGAAAUAUUACGAGAGCUUGCAAGAAAACGAGGCGUCUACUCAGAAACCGGCCGCCGUUGUUUCCUCCUAAGAAGUUUUAACCUUUUGAAAAGGGAAUCAGAAUUCCCUGGCGGAGCCAAGGAGGAAGAACAGUAAGGAAGCCAUGGAUGGACCAGGUCGAGCUUUUUCUUUAUUCACUGUUAACGAUGAAUGGAGGAGGCUGUUUGCUUGUUAACACAGAACAUUGCAUUCCAAACCGUUUUGAGUUUUAAUAAUGUGAGUCCUAUUUUUUUGCUUCAUGCUUUUUUUUUACAAUUAAAUCCGGUUAUUGAUUAAGGUUGUAGUAAUUUUUUCUCUC